AGCACUUUUGGUUCAAGGAAAAAAUCCUAUCCUGGCUCCCCAGUGCUUCCUCUUCGUUAUUGCAAUGUUGCGCAUCGUCCUCUUUCUCUUUUCCAUCUCCACGUGCACCGCGGUGGAGUGCCAAGCAGGUGAUGCCAUUUGUCAAGAUCAAGAAAUGCCAAGCAACUCUUUGCUCCAGCGCGAGAAGAGAGCAGUGGGAAAGGAUCUUGGACAGGCGACCGAGAACGACACCAGCGCCGCGGCCGUGAACGCCACAAAGCGCUCACCCUGCGUGGCCGGCGGUCGAGAUGCCAGCUGCUGCUACUCGCGUGGCCAAUCUUGCACCAAUCCACCCAAUCCUUUCGACUCCAGAACCUCGUGCCCACCAGGUGCCAUGUGCAGUGCUCCUUUGCAGCUGAAUCCUUUUGCUGGCCCCAGCUAUGGCUUCUGCCAGUGCGGGAUGGGCAGCUGCGCGGGAGAUGGCAACAGCUGCGGGGUCGGCCCUGAUCUGCCCAAAGUGGGCACCGAUGUCUUCGCCACCUGCGACGGCCGCAGCCCACCAGAGGGAUGCUGUCCGAACAAGAACACCUGCAGCUUGGUGGAACGAGAGGAGGAGAUCCCGGCAUCCAAGCUUUCUUCGUGCAGGCACCAACCCACCGAACCCCUUCGACUUGUCCACCGCCUGUGGCAUUGGGCAAGCCUGUGACGCGGAGCUCACCACGGAUUUGACCUUCUCCAAUGCAAAGUUUGGCACCUGCAAGUGCAUGGUGGGAACCUGUGGAUCCAACGGCGCUUGCAGCCGCUGAGUGAUGGGCAUCCGUGACACGUUCCGGGGGGCCAAGAGAGUCCCUGGGAAGUUUUGGGCGAAAGAGAUUGAGAAAGGGC